AUGAAUCAGCUUAUCGCUGUUGUAAACGAGCUUCACGAUGCCUUCGCAAAUGUGAAGAUGAACAUCAAGUUGAAUCUGCCGCAGAUUGCGGUGGUGGGUAGUCAGAGUUCUGGCAAAAGCAGCGUGCUGGAGGCAAUUGUAGGGAAAGACUUUUUGCCUCGUGGCUCCGGCAUCGUGACACGCUGUCCCCUCGUGCUACAGCUUGUGCAGCUCCCCAAAACAUCCGAGGAGGAAUGGGGGGAGUUUCUCCACAAGCCCAACAAGAAGUACUUUGACUUCUUGGAGAUCAACGAGGAGAUUAAGCAUCGCACGGUGGAGAUUGCGGGGAAUUCAGCCAUCUCAGAGCGGCCCAUUAACCUCAAGGUGUACUCAAAAAAUGUGCUCAACCUCACACUGGUGGAUCUGCCAGGACUUGUCAUGAACGCCGUGGGGGACCAGCCAAAGGACAUUGAUCGCCAAAUCAAGGAGAUGGUGACCCGCUACGUCGCCCCAGUGAACACCAUCAUUCUUGCCAUUUCGCCGGCAAACACGGAUCUCGCGACGAGUUCCUCGCUGCGUCUCGCGAAGCAGUUGGACCCGGAGGGCAUCCGCACGGUGGGCGUAUUGACAAAACUUGACCUCAUGGACCGCGGCACGGACGCGCUGGAUGCUCUCACCGGGAAAUUGGUGAGUCUCCGCCACGGAUUUGUUGGAGUAGUGAACCGCAGCCAGCAGGAUAUCAAUGAUUCAAAGGGCAUGCUGGCGGCACGAGAGGACGAACGUGCAUUCUUUCACAACCAUCCAUCAUACUCUGCCAUUGCCGACAGACAGGGAACGGAGUACCUCGCAAAGAAGCUCAAUCAGCUUCUCCUCCAGCACAUUAAGGAUGUCAUUCCCGAGCUUAAAAAGCACGUUGACAAGCUUUUGGGGAGUACCAUGAAGCAGAUGGAAAAACUUGGCAUGUUGGAUCAGACAAACAUAGACCCAAGCGCUCACAUGUUGUCUCUUAUUAAACGGUUCAGCGACACCCUCAACCACACAAUUGACGGUGGCGCGACCGAUGCGACCAAGGAAUUGAUGGGCGGCGCUCGGUUGGACUACAUUUUUAAUGAGUGCUUUGCUGCCUAUGUGAACGGACUCACUGCCAAGAAGGAGCUGACCGACGAGUACAUUCGCAUUAAUGCACGCAACAUGGCCGGUAUGCAUUCUGCCCUUUUUCCUUCUGACCAAGUCUUUGUCGCCCUCUCGAGGCAACAGAUUGCCCGCUUAGAGGAACCCUCGCAGAAGUGUGUGCAGUUUGUGUUUGAAGAGCUUAUAAAGAUUGUUGACAUCUGCGCUUCAAAGCUGGAUAACUUUCCUAGGCUGAAGCAGGCCGUUGUAGAUAUCUGCCGCCAGUCACUGCAGGAGUAUCGUGCACCAACCAUGUCUCACGUGCGAACAAUCAUUGCAGCGGAGCGCGGUUUCGUCAACGUGAAACAUCCAAUGAUGGAGCAACUGGUGCAACGGUCAUUCCUGAAAAUAUUUGGUACGGAGAAUGAGAAGUCACAAACCAGCCACUCUCAGCAGGGAGGAAAUGAAGGAAAGGAUAAAGGGAAAAAAGUCAAUUCUGAACCCACUUCAAACGGAGUAGAGAAAAGCGACAUGGGGGAUGUCCCGGUGACGAUCAUGCUGGGCAAUAACAUGUCAAUGCACGAGCAGCACAUUAACAACGUCAUAAGGGAUAUGGUUGAGGGGUACUUUGGUAUUGUGAAGGGCACUGUUGCCGACCAGGUGCCCAAAGCCAUCACGCUGCUCAUGAUAACGAAACUGCGCGAGGAUGUGUAUUCAAGGUUGGUGCGCAGUCUGUACAGUGAAAAAAAGGCGGAUGAUCUUCUCGCGGAACCACCAGAGGUGGAAACACAGCGCAAGGCUACAAAGACAAUGAUGAUAGCGCUGAAAAAGGCGCAGGAGGCUUUGGAGAGUGUGCGUGAAUUUACAUUAUAA